AUGGUGGUUUCUCCUCUUUUAGCUGUGGCGGGGAGAGGGGGACAGUUGGAGCAGGGGGAUGCUGGCAGCCGUGCAGGACAGGGCACCGGGAUUUCAGCCCUGGUGCAGGCUGUGCUGCCCAUCAGGUGGCCGGGAAAGGGUGACGGAGUGGUGGGUCCGUCCCCAGGCAAAGCCUACGAGAUCACUUAUGUGCGGCUGAAGUUUCACACCAGUUGCCCCAAGAGCUUCACCAUCUACAAGCGCAGCCACGCCGAGGGACCCUGGGUGCCCUUCCAGUCCUGCAGCGCGUCCUGUGAGAAGACCUACAGGAAGCGGCAGCGGCACUACCUGCGGCUGGGGGAGGACGAGCAGGUGGCUUUCUGCACUGACGAAUUCAGCGACAUCUCCCCGCUGAGUGGGAGCAACGUGACCUUCUCCACCCUCGAGGGACAGCCCAGCGCCUACAAUUUCGAUGGGAGCCCCACGCUGCAGGAGUGGGUGACUGUCACCGACCUGCUCAUCUCCUUGAACUGGCUCAACACAUUCGGGGAUGACAUCUUCAAGGAUCCCAAGGUGCUGCAGUUGUACUACUAUGCCAUCUCCGACUUCUCCGUCGGCGGCAGGUGCAAAUGCAACGGCCACGCCAGCGAGUGUGCACCGGAUGAGGCUGGGCAGCUGGUCUGCAUGUGCCAGCACAACACCACUGGCACCGACUGCGAGCGCUGCCAGCCCUUCUACCAGGACCGGCCCUGGGCUCGUGGCACUGCCAAGGCUGCCAACGAGUGUCUCCCUUGCAACUGCAGCGGCUGCUCAGACGAGUGCUUCUACAACCGGGAGCUGUACCGCCGCAGCGGGCACGGGGGCCACUGCCGCGACAACGCGGCCGGGCCCCACUGCGAGCGCUGCCGGCAGAACCACUACCGCUGGGAGCAGCGAGCAGCCUGCCACCCCUGCCACUGCCACUCCGCAGGCUCCCUGCAGCCCCAGUGUGACAGCUCGGGUACCUGCCUCUGCAAAGCCAAUGUGACGGGCUGGAAGUGCGAGCGCUGCAAGGACGGCUACCACAGCCUCAGCGAAGGCGGCUGCAGACCCUGCGCCUGCGACCCAGUGGGCAGCGUGGGCACCUGCAACCCCAACACGGGGCAUUGCACCUGCAAGGAGAGGGUGGAGGGGCACUUGUGCGACAGAUGCCAGCUGGGCUGGUUUAACCUGCAUCCCCACAACCCUGCCGGCUGCACCAGCUGCUUCUGCUCUGGCCGCUCCACCGCCUGCAUGGCGGCAGAUGGCUAUGAGGUCACCCACAUCCGCUCCGACUUCAGCCAAGGGCUGGAGGGCUGGGCUGCCGCAGGUCUGGGCACCACGGACCUGCCUCUGCAUUGGGCUGGUGGGGAGAUUGUCACCGAGUGGGAUGGAGAGGAGCCGGUGGAUUUUCUUGCACCAGCGAAGUUUCUGCAGAAACAGCGUCUCAGUUACGGGUGGCUCCUGUCCCUGCUGCUGGGAGUGGAAGGGAACGGGAUGGGGACGGAGACCGGGGUGCUCCUCCUCCAGGUCCAGCUGGUGCUGGAGGGCGAGGGGAUGGAGAUCACCACGUCCAGCAGCGAGAGCCAGCCCCAGCGGAAGGCUGUCACCUUCAGACUGCAUGAGGCAGAGGAGGGUACAGAGCCUUCGCUGUCAUCCUUCAGCUUCCAGCGCCUGCUUUCCAACCUGACCUCCCUCCGCCUCUGCGUGAGCCGAGGCCCAGCACAAGGCCAGCUGUCCCUGAGUGAGGUCCAGCUCACGUCCGCCUGCCCGGGGCCAGGGGCACGGGCGGGCUGGGUGGAGGAAUGUACGUGUGCCCCAGGCUACGCCAGGCAGUUCUGCCAGUCCUGCAUGCCUGGCUUCAAGUGGGAGAUCCCCUUCAGCGGCCCCUUUGUCAGCUGCGUGCCCUGCGCCUGCAAGCGGCAUGGGGACUGCCACCCCAUCACAUGGCACUGCCAGUGCUUGCACAAUACAGAAGGUCCCUCCUGUGAGCGCUGCAGUCCCGGGUUUUAUGGCAACCCCUUCACAGGGCGCUUCGAUGACUGCAAGCCGUGCCCGUGCCCGUGCCCCGGCCGCUCGCCCUGCACCGAGGUGCCCGGCAGCAGGGAGGUGGUCUGCACCCACUGCCCCCGGGACAGAGAGGUGAGGCUGGGGGUGGGCGGGCGAGGGAGCCGCAGGCAGCGCUGCGAGCUCUGUGAUGAUGGGUUUUUUGGGGACCCCCUGGGACAGAGGGGCCCCAUGCAUCCCUGUGUCCCCUGCCAGUGUCACGGGAACGUGGAUCUCAACGCCAUGGGAAACUGCGACCCCGUGUCCGGCCGGUGCCUGCGCUGCCUGUACAACACGACAGGCGAGCACUGUGAGAUGUGUCGCCCAGGCUUCUAUGGGGACGCGCUGGCUGCCAACCCCGCCGGGAAGUGUGCACCUUGUGAUUGCAACCCCGACGGCUCAGUCCCGGGGCUGGAGGGCUGCGAUCCCGGCACGGGCCAGUGCCACUGCCUCCCGCACAUGACGGGCAGAACCUGCGGGCUCUGCCAGCCCGGCUACUACGGCCUGCAGCCUGCCGUGGGGUGCAAGAGCUGCGAGUGCCACACGACGGGGUCGCAGGACAGCGAGUGCCACGCACUGACGGGGCAGUGCUCCUGCCAGGAGGGUGUCACAGGGAAGCAGUGUGACCGAUGCCACCAUGGCUUCUUCGGCUUCUCUGAGGGCUGCCGAGCCUGCAACUGCUCCCCGCUGGGCUCCGUCACCCCGCAGUGCCGCAAGAACAGCACUUGCCUCUGCUGCUCUGGCUUUGUGGGCUACAAGUGUAACUGGUGCCAGGCCAACUUCUUCCCUGACCCACCGAGCUCCCGCUGCCAGCGGUGUCCUGCCUGCUAUGGGCUGGUGAUGGAUAAGGCCGACCAGAUGAAGGCCAGGCUGCAGGAGAUGGAGGAAUGGCUGCAAAAAACAGGCUGCAACGCCCACCCAGGCCAGUCCCCCAUGCUGGGAGACGUGUCCUGGGGAGAAGGGCUGCCUGGCCCUCACCUCCUGCAAGGUGCCCAGGCCACCCUCUCGGUGCAGGUGGGGUGGCUGGCAGGGGCGCUGGGCACCGCACGGGGCCAUCUCAGCAACGCCAGCCAGGCCACUGGCUGCUCCAACCAUGGACCCCCCAAGACCUGCGUCCUGCUGUCAGAAAUCGGGGCCGUGCUGCAGUCGGUGCAGCAGGAGAUCCUGCACGCUGUGGACACCCUGGCUACCAAGGAGACUCCCCAGAAAAUCCCUCAGCAGCCCACAAACUGGAGCCGCCGGGCGCUGGAGGCACGGGCGCUGGCUGAGAGACACGAGGAUGCUGCAGCGCAGGUGGAGGCGGUGGUCGGGAGAGCGCUGCAUGCCUCCAGCGCCGGCUCCGAGCUCCUGCAGAGCCUGCUGGAGGGGAAUGCGACACAGGAUGUCCAGCGUGAGCUGGAGGCUGGGUAUGAGGAGGUCCAGCGGGUGCGGGAGGAGCUGGGUGCUGGCAUGGCGGAGAUGCAGCAAGCGAACGCAGACAUGGCCAAGAAACUUCUGCAGGUGGCUGCACUGGGGCAGCAGGCGCUGCCGGCGCAGGCUGGAGCCCUGGCACAGGACCUGGCAGCGCUGGAGCAGGCAGCAGAGGCACAGGAGCCGUCGGCUCAGCAGGCCAUCGAGGCGUCCCGUGCUCUGGCAGCUGAAUUGUGCCAGGAGCUGCAGAGGACUCGCAGCUUUGAGCAGCUGCGGGACGGGGCUGGCUCUGCCCACAGCAUGGCCACUUCGGCCAUCUCACAUGGAAAAGCCGUGCUCUCCGACACGGAGUCCCUCCUGGCCAGCUUGGAAGGCAUGAGGAAGGUGCUGGGGCAUCGGAAGGGCCAGGCGGCCCUGAGCAGGAGGAUGGCACUUGUGUGGGACAGGGUGAUGGUGGAUGCCAAGAGGAAGAUUAAACAGGCAGAGAAGAUGCUGGGAAACUCCUUGUCCAUCUCUACCGCAGCCCAGAGGACGGCCGGGGAGGCUGAGCAAAUCUCUGGGGAGAGCGCCAAGAGGGCACAGGCUGUGCUGCAGGAGAGCAAGCAGGCCCGCAAGCACGCCAGCCAGCUCGCCACGCGUGCCAAUGAGAGCCAGCGAGAGCUCUCCUGGCAAAAGCAUGUGGCUGAGAAGCUCAGGGAGGACCUGGAGGAAGCACACCAGGUGGGGACAGAGGUGAGUGAGAUGGCAAAAAGUCUCCAGGAAGCCCGGGGCUCGCUCAUCUCGGACAUCACGACCCUGAACACCCUGCUGAGCAGCCUAGGCAACCUGGAGCAAGCCACGCAGGUGGAGGCGGUGCUGAGCGCCGGGCGGCUGCAGCUGGAGCGGCUGUGGCUGCGCCUGGCUGCGCCAGAUGCCCUGGCCAGCCAGCUCAGCCUGCUGCGACAGGAGGCGGCACGGCAGCAGGAGAAGAUCCAGGCAUUUGAGAGCGACCUGGCCGAGAUCCGAGCCGACAAGCAAAACCUGGAGGACAUUUUGCGGAGCCUCCCCGAGGGCUGCUCGAAGUGGUAG